AUGGCCGUCCUCACUCGCUGGCUCCUCGCCUCUUUUUUGGCUACCUUCGUUUCGGCGCUGCAGGUCACGCCGAACUCGCCCUGCGCGGAAUUCUGUUUGGACAGCGAAGAUCUUGAUCGCUCUGACCCCGAGUCAUCAUCUACGCAGGCCCAGCAAAUCACCUGUGACGACUCUGAUUAUCAGUCCGGCGCCAAGGGCCGCAAAUUUCAACAAUGCUUGACCUGUCUCCAGGAGUCACCUUUCGAGACUGCCUCGGAGAGUGAUCAGCUGUGGUUCUUGUACAACCUCAGAUACACGCUUGGCCAUUGUAUUUUCGGUUUCCCCAACUCGACAGGCAUCGGUUCAGGGCCCUGCCUCACUUCGUCUGCUUGCGGACCCUUGGAAGAUGCCUUGACCGAUGACCUGUCGGAACUGGACAGCACGUCGCAGUAUGGAUACUGCGAUGCUGGUGGAGCGGCCAUGACGUCCGAUGCCUUUGGUCGAUGCCUCGAUUGUGUCAAGGUUGGGGGUGAACAUCACUUGUUGUCCAACUUCCUCGUAGCCUUGGAUGCGGGUUGCCAGCAACGUCCCGAUGCCGGCACUCUCAUCGGCCUGAACGACACAAUAUUCAGCGCCACAGCGAUAGAGGCCGUUGACCCCUCGACGCUGAAGACUAAGAAGCCGGAACAAGCGUCAGUGUUUACGCUUCCAGUAAUCGUUGGCAUCGCCAUUGGCGGGUUUGUGCUCCUCCUCCUCGCCAGCGGCUGCGGCUACAUGCACCACCGCAAACGCAAAGCCCGCCGCGAGAGCCAAAACAUGUCAAAGAAAGGGGCCCGCCGCCACCGGCCGGCGUCGUCGCUCUCGUUCCGCUGCCAGACGCACCUGACACCCAGGUCACCAAGCUUCUUCCCCAUCGGGGAAGAGGAGCCGACCACGCGCGAGAAGCCCUUUGUCGACCCGGCCGCGGCGCUCACCUCGAACCCAUCCAUCUCGACACCCACGCGCAGCGCCUGGAACCAGUCGUCCGCAAGCCUGCCGCCCGCCCAGCCCUGGCGAGGCGCAGCACCGCCGCAGGGCCACGCCAAGGAUGCCCUCUCCUUGAGCACCAUCCUGCCCAGCCACGCGCAGUCGUCCCUCUACAGACCCUCGCCGACAGACUACGCGACGCCAACGUCGACGACCUCGACCCGCUCCACGACUGCCCUCCUGCCCGUCCACCACGCCCCGCGCACCGCCUCGUACGGCGCCUCCGCCCCGCCCCGGCCCCCGCGCAGCCCGGCCGCGGAAUCGCACGGCUCGCCGCUCCUCGCGGGCGCCACGGCGAGUCCCCUCCUCUCGCAGCGGAGCUGGCCCCCACAGCCGGUCCAGCCGCGAAGCGACGCCGUGUCGUCGCCGCCGCCGAGGCAGAGCCACCCGCAGGGCCAGGUGCUGAACAUCCUGCUCGGCAGGGAGUCCAUUGCGCCUGUGGCGCAGAAGAGAGGCGUGCCGGCGCCGGCGCCGUUGGGGGGCGGGAGCCCGACGGAGAGCCGGACGCUGCAGACUUCUUUCCCGCCGCCGCCGUCGCCGAAGAGGAGGUAG